GGAGCGGAAAUUGAAAGGCGCCAUUUGCUAGUUGUACGGCGCGGGGAAGCUCGAGCAUAAGGAGCUGAAUAACAAUAAAACGGGGGCGAAAACGCAGGAUUCCGCGACGCAAAACAUUCGCGAUCCAUCCGAAUGGAGGCAGCCAUCAACCCGUCUCUUGACAGGUAGUAUUGGCGUGCCUUCGGAGCCUAUAAACUAAUCCUAUGCGUGUCUGUAAUCACAAAGGAUGAGGAAAAGGGGAGGAAGCGUUUGUUUACAAGUUCAUUUUCUUUCUUGUAUCUCAUAGUGGAUGUUAAAACGGCGUUUAAAACGAGUUCCAGCCUUUAUAAUAAUAGCAUGCAGCGAGCAUCACUGUGUUGUGGGUCUGUACUGCAUCAUUUCCCUCCGCCAUCUUCAGCAUUUAAAGGGCCACACUCACUGAAACACACAUAAUCAGUUCUGUGGGAGUGAGUCUGUCUGUCAUGAGUGGGAUGGAGCCGAGUUCGGGAAAGCGGAUCCGUAAACCGUCUCUGCUGUACGAGGGCUUCGAGAGCCCGUCUCUGCCCCACGCGCCUCCACCCGGUCCUCCUCCACCCCAACAGCCCUCGGUGAACGACUCGGGCCGACUGGGACGCACCACCAACCAGCUGCAGUUCCUACACAAGGUCCUGGUCAAAGCGUUGUGGCGGCAUCAUUUCGCGUGGCCUUUUCAUGAACCCGUGGACGCAGUCCGACUCGGCUUACCUGACUACCAUAAGAUCAUUAAACAGCCGAUGGACAUGGGCUCCAUCAAGAGACGGCUGGAGAAUAACUACUACUGCAGCGCCGACGAAUGCCUGCAGGACUUCAAUACCAUGUUCACUAACUGCUACAUUUACAAUAAGCCCACAGAUGACAUUGUGCUGAUGGCACAGUCUCUGGAGAAGGUCUUCUUACAGAAAGUUGCCCAGAUGCCCCCGGAUGAGGUCGAGUUUCUCCCUCCGACUCCUAAAGGUAGAGGAGCUAAAACCAUUAAAGGUCGCAGAGGCAGAGGGGGAGGAAGUGUGCAGACGGCUCACCAGGUGCCGGCGGUGUCUCAGUCGGCCUACUCUCCGUCAUCCCCCGAGACGCCAGAUUCACGCUUCUCCACUCCUCCACAGACCCUGCUGAGCAACACCGGCCCUCCCACACCACUGAUGACCCCCCCACCCACUCAACCCACGGCAAAGAAGAAGGGCGUGAAGCGUAAAGCCGACACCACCACUCCCACUACCCUCGGCUUCCCCGUGACCUCGGCGGCUCGGAUGGGAGGAAUGGGGAAAGGUCACGGAGAGAUUCCUCACUCUCUGUCCUCCACGCCUGUAAUCUGCUCUCCCGGUACAGGAGUGAACGAGCCCACGCUCCUCCAGCCCGCCUCGGGUCGACCCCUGUCCCGUCGGCCAAUCAAACCUCCCCGUAAAGACCUCCCCGAGUCCGUGCGACCCCAUCAGCCCUCGCGGCGCGGGAAACUUAGCAAGCAGCUUCGCUACUGUAGCGGCGUCCUUAAAGAACUGCUGUGCAAGAAACAUGCGGCGUACGCCUGGCCCUUCUACAAACCCGUGGACACGUCAACACUGGGCCUGCACGACUACAACGACAUCAUCAAACACCCCAUGGACCUCAGCACCAUCAAGAGGAAGAUGGACGAGCGCGAGUACAGAGAUGCCCAGCAGUUUAGCGCUGAUGUCAGGCUCAUGUUCUCCAACUGCUACAAGUACAACCCUCCCGAACAUGACGUGGUCAGCAUGGCACGGAAACUGCAGGACGUGUUUGAGUUUCGCUUCGCCAAAAUGCCCGACGAGGUUUCGGAGGAAGAGGAAUUGUCUCCUAUUCCAUUGGGACGGAACAGGGGCAUGCUGGGAAUGCACCACUCCUCCUCUUCAUCAUCCUCCUCGUCCUCUUCAUCCUCCUCUUCCUCUUCGUCGGAGAGCGAGCCGAGCAGCGACAGUGAGCCGAGCUCGGACAGCGAGGAGGAGCGAGCUCAACGCCUGGCCCAACUACAGGACCAGGUGUGUACUCAGCUCAGAGCGGUGCACGAGCAGCUCGCCGCCCUCUCAUCUGGCCCGAUCGUCAAACCCAAAAGAAAACGAGAGAAAAAGAAGGACAAGAAGAAGAAAAAGAAGCCGGAGAAGCGCAGAGCAAGUCGGAGUGUGGCUGACGAACGGGACAAAGUGCCUAAAAGCAAAUCGAGCCGAGCGUCACUGUCAUCCACACAGAGCAAGAAAACCCCGGCCAAGAAAAGCAGCAAAAACAAGAACACGAAGAAAUCGGCCUCGUCAUCUCGUUUUGCUCCGGCCGCCCCCGUGUGCUUACCCCACUACGACUCUGAGGAAGAAGAGGACGGUCUUCCCAUGAGUUACGAUGACAAGCGGCAGCUCAGUCUGGAUAUCAACAAGCUUCCCGGGGAGAAACUGGGGCGCGUGGUCCACAUCAUCCAGUCUCGAGAGCCCUCGCUGCGGGACACCAACCCCGAGGAGAUCGAGAUCGACUUCGAAACGCUGAAGCCGUCCACGCUGCGCGAGCUGGAGCGCUACGUCAUGACCUGCCUGCGCAAGAAGCCCCGCAAACCGUAUGGUGAGCUGAGAUUUGAUGAUCUGGUGAAGAAGGAAGGAGGGAAGAGUCGAGAGGAUCUGGCCCUGGAGAAGAAGAGAGAGCUGGAGAGAAGGUUACUAGACGUGAGCGGACAACUGAACUCCGCCAAGAAACCCCAGAAACCCAAAGUGGAGAAGCCCAGCGUUGUGGACCCUCACACAGCGUCGUCACGCCUCAGCGCCAGCAGCUCCAGCUCAGACUCUUCCUCAUCCUCCUCAUCCUCGUCCUCAUCCGACUCCAGCGACUCCGACUCCAGGUGAAGAACUGGGAAUUCUGGGAAGCGUUCAGAUCCGUGCUCCUCCGCACACACGCUUUGUUUUCCGAGCUCCUGAUCCCAGGAUCUCUGGGCUUACUUCGGUGUAUAUAUAUAUAUAUAUAUAUAUAAAAAGAUGUAUAUAUCGUGUAGGAUGAUUUUUUUUUCUUUUAUAAAGAAGACUUUUACCAAAACGCCCAUAAUGGGAAACUCCGAUGAGAAUGUGUUAUCAUAACUACUUUUCUUAGUUGACGAAAUGGCUUGUUGUUUUGUUUUGCUUCCAUUUAAUUUACAUUUCUUGCUUCUGCUUUGAAUAUCCGGGCCGGUCGUUUUGAGCAAACAAAACAGAAAAGAUGCACGUUUUCAUGGGCAGAACAUAAGAACUACUUUGCAUUGGCUUUAAAGAGUUCAGGUUUCUGUGCGACUGUGUUGGGGUGUGUACAGUACCAUAUAAUAUUCCACAAUUUGAUCAAAUUCCACUUUCUGUCAUAAAUUUGUCUGUGAAGUGGCAUCAAUCUCAAACUAACAGCGGUAAUGCGCCGCCGGACUGGGUUUGUUCUUAAACGCUUCUCGGUUCAGGGGUUUGAAUGCGCUGGUUCAGUUCAGAGUGGGUCUGGUUUGUAGUCUAGCAACAGAACCCUCUUUUAUUUCCUGUAUAUAGUCCAUAAUAUCAUGAUCCUGGUUCUUUGUAUUUCUUCGCAUUAUUCUUUUUGAAUAUAUAAGACAACAGGCAGAUCCUUCAGACAUAAUAUUCCUGAUCUGCUGUAUAAUUAAGAGUUUAUGCACUCCAGAUUAUACUUUGGUUUUUAUUUGGAUGGAAAUACAAACACAACAAGUGAACUGUG